AUGAGCUUCGAGCUCACAGCCUUCCCCCUUCUGGGGAUUGAGCGGUUUCUUUAUGGAUACAUCUAUCAGUUUCCCGAGUCAUUCAAGCGUUGUUGCAAGGGGCCGCUGAAGUCAUUGCUGGACUACGACGAGGGUGUCUACUGGCAGGUAGCAAAGCAUCUGGGCGUGGGCAUCAAAGUCUUCCAGUUUGGUGUCUUGGGCUACGACCUUGUCCUGCGAAGGAGCUUAUCGCUUGCUGAACCAAACCUGCUUUGUCCCGACCAUAAGGGAGACAAACUCAAGGCGGGCGGAGGGGACCUGGCCUUCCACCCUCUGGUGAGGCCAGAAGAUGAACUUCUGGAAGCAGGACGCUGGAAGAAGCCUGCAAAAGAAGAUGAAUCCAAAGGCCAUCUCAUCUAUCUGACCGGAGCGAGGUCACUGCUGGCUCUUUGGAUCCUGGGAGACCAUUUCAUUCACCGGGCCAGUGUCUUCACAGACCGGUCAAACGUCGCCGUCGCUGCCUUCAUUUCAUUAAGUGGCUUCGUGACCCAAUGGGCCUACAGCACCCGAGACUUCUCGCGCUUGGGUACUGUCUUCCAGUACCUGGUUAGGCGUAUUGGAAGAGUGGCCCUGACCACUUACUUCGCCAUGCUCGCUGCUGUGGGCGUACUGGCAGUGCAGACUCACAUCCCAAGCUGGAGGCACAUGGUCCGGUGUUUCCUCUUCGUGGAAACCUGGUUACAGCCAGAAAACUGGUGCCCCGAUGGGCAAAGCUGGACCAUCGCGGCACUCCUGCCCAGCUGGCUGAUCUACCCCUCGCUGAAGCAUCUGGUUGGCCUCAUGGAGAAGAAUUACGGAGCCCUAGGCCUCCUGCAGCUUUUGCUUGCGCUUUGGAUGAUCUCCGCCGGGCCAAGCUUGGUGGUCUUUCUGAUGCAGGACGGCUUCUUGACCAACAAGCAGCACAACCUCGCAUACCUCUGGCCUCCGAGCCAAAUGCCGGAUUUUGCAAUCGGCGUGAUUGCAGCAACGCUGGCCAAACGGCACGACGCAAGCUCUGCAAAGUCAGGGUUGCCGCCUGCCUGGCUGCGGGGUCUGCUCGCAGAUCUGUCCCUGAUCAUCAUUUUCGCUGUCGUGUUGUUGGUGCCCAGCUCGGGUUACCACGAGGGCUGGGAGCCCCUCUACAACCACAGCCUGGGCCCGCUCUGGGCGCUGUUCUUCUACGGCUCGGCUGCCAGCCAGGGCUCAGGCAUUUCGGCCUGCACCCUCGGAGUGGCGCCCUUGGCCGUUCUCGGAAGGUACAGCUUCGAGGUCUUCUUAUUCCAGCAGCCGCUCUUCAACGCUUUCGAGAUUCUUUGGAUUGCCGGCAUGAACGAGGUUCUGCCCAUGUGGGGAUUUGCCACCAUUUUCCUGGUGACAUUGUAUACCCUCUCCGCGAUCUAUGCGGAGUGCAUCGAGGCGUCUGCUGUGGUGCAAGGCUUGCUUCUCCAGUGCUUCUUGUCCUUGAGCCACAGGCCUUCGUCUCGGGAGUGCCGCAGCGGUCAGUUCAGCUGCCUUCCAAGGUCCAGCUCCUUCUCCCUGGCGGAGUACCCGGAGAACGAGGAGAACAUCAGCAGUGCCUCUAUUGUCUUUUGGGGUGUCUUCGGCCUCCUGCUGCCCCUCCUUGGCGGCUUCACCACGGGCUUGAUCUUCGCAGCUUUGGGCUGGGGCCUGUCCACCGGCGGAAUUCUCAGUUUCGUGAAGAAGACCAAGUCCAUUGAGGAGUAUGCCGACUACGUGACGCAGGUCAGCGACCUUGGCAAGAAGGGUGGCGAGUACGGUCUGAAGGCAUACAACUUCGUGGCGAAGAAGACUGGAGAGAUGUCGAAGUGA